AUGUGCCGGGGAAAAGCUAGAACGACGGCCUGUGUUAGCAAAGCCAAUCGCUACGCUUCCUCUAUGAAUUCUGCCACACGUAAUCGUGAAGCAAAACUCGUGAUUCGAGGAUUUUUCAUCGAUUUUUGGGUGGAACGUUUUGGUCGAGAAGAGGUACAGGAUUUAUGUCCCCGUGUGUCGAGAUUGGUGAAUCAAGUUAAUGUGGAGUUGAGGUUGGCGAGAUUUUUGUCCGCCGACUUGAAUGCUGGAACUUCAUCACUCUACAGCUGGGCAGUUACGAGUGCAGCCAUCUUUGUGAUGGUGGCUCUCCUUCUUUCUAUGUACCUUAUCUUCGAGCAUUUAGCUGCGUACAAUCAGCCAGAGGAGCAGAAAUUUUUAAUUGGACUCAUUCUUAUGGUGCCUGUUUAUGCAGUGGAAUCGAUGAUUGUAGCACAAGAUGUUCUACAAGUUGACAGAUGGAACACUCUUUGUGGACUAGACUGUGCUUGGUUUGUAUCUUUAUUGAAUUCUGAUGCUGCAUUCAACUGCGGAAUUAUAAGAGAUUGUUAUGAAGCGUUUGCAUUGUAUUGCUUUGAAAGAUAUCUCAUAGCCUGCUUAGGUGGAGAGGAUAACACCAUUGAGUUCAUGGAAAAACAGACAUUGGCCACCUCCAGCGUACCUCUUUUAGAUGAGACUUAUGCUUAUGGAGUUGUCGAACAUCCAUUUCCCUUGAAUUGUUUUUUAAGGGAUUGGAAUCUUGGAUCCGACUUCUAUCAGGCCGUGAAAAUUGGCAUCGUCCAAUAUAUGAUAUUGAAAAUGAUAUGUGCCUUCCUAGCGAUGCUCUUUGAGUUUUUAGGUGUUUAUGGGGAUGGCAAGUUUGAAUGGAAUUACGCCUAUCCAUAUCUUGCAGUGGUUCUGAAUUUCAGCCAGACUUGGGCCUUAUAUUGCCUAGUGCAGUUCUAUUCCGUUACCAAGCAUAAGCUUGCGCCAAUUAAACCUUUGGCCAAAUUUCUGACAUUUAAGUCCAUUGUAUUCCUGACAUGGUGGCAAGGUGUUGCUGUUGCCUUUCUUUUCUCUUUUGGAGCCUUAAAAGGAUCAUUGGCACUCGCUCUUAAAACACGCAUUCAAGACUAUAUCAUCUGUAUUGAGCAAAGCUUUGAUGUUGUGAUUCAGAUGGGUAUUGCUGCUGUUGUACAUCUAUUUGUAUUCCCAGCGGCUCCUUACAAACGUGGGGAGAGAUGUGUGAGAAAUGUUGCUGUGAUGUCAGAUUAUGCAUCUUUAGGGACCCCACCAGAUCCUGACGAGGUUCAAGAUUCCGAAAGAUUCACUAGGAUUCGAUUUUCCCGCCAUGAGGAGAGAGAUCAACGCCCGAGGCUCCACCAAAGCGUUCGUGAUGUUGUCUUAGGAAGUGGCGAAAUUAUUGUGGAUGACAUGAAGUUCACGGUCUCGCACGUGGUAGAACCUGUCGAAAGAGGGCUAGCGAAAAUCAACAGAACUUUCCAUCAGAUAUCUGAAAAUGUGAAGAAGUUUGAGGAGAGAAAGAAGAAAUCAAAGGAUGACAGCCAUUUGGUCCCUUUAAAUUCGAGGACCAAAGAAUUUUCGGAGGUGCAUGACGAGCUCAUUGAAGGGAGUGCCAGUGACAGUGGUUUAUAUGACGCGAAGAGAACUCAUCAUAAAGUUAAAGGGUCCUCUUCCCAGUUGAAAUACAGAUAACAGUUUUCAUCAGCUAACCUUGCUAUCUAUAUAUAUGUAGUUUUUGCAGGAAGAUAUAUAUACAGUAUCUGCAAGUACAAAAAUCAAGGGUUCUAACUGUAGGCAUCGGUUUUAGAAUGUCCGUAACUCUGGAGAUACUUCUGAAAGUUAUAUUCUCUGAGUAUAUAGCGGAAGAGGUUUUGGAUUGCACAUAAUACAGAUUGUGCAGAAAUCAGAGAUUUUCUUUAGAAUUUUGGCAAACUUUUACAUUGUAAAACAUGCAUUAUUUUCAUGGGUGAGAACUGAGAAGUGCUCUUUAGGUGGUCUUGUGCAGUUACUUGGCUUCUUUUCUAUUUGCAGAUUCAAGAAAUUGCAAUAGUUUCAACCAUCACGAGCUAGAAAAAGUACGAAAAUGUUAAAAUCUAUA